AUGGAGGCGGCGGCAGGUGCGGCGGCUGAAAAAUCAUCGGAUGCAUCUUCGUAUAGGUAUUGGGUCCGAGAGGCGACCCGGGACGCCGCGCCUCUGCCCGUGCCUAAGAAGAUUGACCCGGUGGGGGUUCACAAUCCAUCCACCCAAACACACCUUGGAUCCGCAUGGAAUCAGGCUGGAACAUGGGAGGAGAAAAAUCUGAAUAAAUGGGCAAGUGAUAGAAUCAAGGAAUUGCUAGUGUCUAUGGGCUUCCUUGAGUUCUCUGGUGGCAGGGCAAAAGUAGAAGAAGUGACUAGAUGCGUCGGUGAUGCGUUCUUGGUCACGGUGCGAAACAAAAAGCGCGUAGGCUACACUUAUGAGUUAACUCUAAAGGUUAAAGGGGAAUGGCUAAUUGGAGAGGAGAAGAAGAAAGUGAAAGGCCACAUAGAUGUACCAGAGUUCACAUUUGGUGAGCUGGAUGACUUACAGAUUGAAGUAAAACUCAGUGAGGAUAAGGAUCUUCCAGCAAACGAGAGGCAGCGGAUCAGCCAUGACUUGAAAUUAUUUUUGAAGCCUCUUAAGGAAAUAUUACUACAGUUUGAGGAGGAACUCAAAGCACGGUAG